AUGGCAGGUCGCGGACGUGGGGGAGGAAAGACAUGGUCGUUCAAUGUAGAAAUGUUAGGUUUCGGAAGAGGGGAAUCUCUACCACCACCUGUUCAACAACCUCGACCAUUGUUUCCGACGCAGUUAUACAAGCCUGCAUCUCUGGUUCAGAACGAAGAUUAUGAUUAUAUGUUGGCAUUAAAACAGGAAUUUAGAGGAGCUGCUAGGAAAUCCCCAUAUUAUCUGUCAAUCAGUGAGAAGAAGAAAGAUGUGGAAAGAUAUUCUGAUAAAUAUCAGGCUGCUCAUCAAGACAGUGAGAGAAAAUGGCAGCCAGAUUGGCGCAGGUUUCCAGCUGAAUUGAAACCA